GUGUUUAGCUUUCAAGUAUCUCCUAAUAUGAAUCCUAUCAAAGUAAAUGAAUUGGCAAUCCAAAAACGUUUGACUAUUCAUGGAAAGGAAGAUGAAGCCAGCCCCCAUGAUUAUGUGUUGCAAAUCAGUGGAAGAGUUGAAUAUGUAUUUGGUGAUCAGCCCCUGAUUCAGUUCCAGUAUAUCCGGAAUUGUGUAAUGAACAGGACCCUACCCCACUUUAUACUUGUGGAAUGCUGCAAAAUCAAGAAAAUGUAUGAACAGGAAAUGAUUGCCAUAGAGGCUGCCAUAAAUCGAAAGUCAUCUAACCUUCCUCUUCCCUUACCACCAAAGAAAACGCGAAUUAUUUCUCAUGUUUGGGAAAAUAACAACCCUUUCCAGAUUGUCUUGGUUAAAGGAAAUAAACUUAAUACAGAAGAAACUGUAAAAGUUCAUGUCAGGGCCGGUCUUUUUCAUGGUACCGAACUCCUAUGUAAAACCAUUGUAAGCUCAGAAAUAUCAGGGAAAAAUGAUCACAUUUGGAAUGAACCACUGGAAUUUGAUAUUAAUACUUGUGACUUGCCAAGAAUGGCUCGGUUAUGUUUCGCUGUUUAUGCAGUUUUGGAUAAAGUAAAAACGAAGAAAUCAACUAAAACUAUUAAUCCUUCUAAAUAUCAAACCAUUCGGAAAGCUGGAAAAGUGCAUUAUCCUGUAGCGUGGGUAAAUACAAUGGUUUUUGACUUUAAAGGACAGUUGAAAUCUGGAGACAUAAUAUUGCACAGCUGGUCUUCAUUUCCUGAUGAACUUGAAGAAAUGUUGAAUCCAAUGGGAACUGUUCAAACAAAUCCAUAUACUGAAAAUGCAACCGCUUUACACAUUAAAUUUCCAGAGACUAAAAAACAACCUUAUUAUUACCCUCCCUUCGAUAAGAGUCGAGGUGGAAAGAAAUUUCUUGCUGUACUGAAGGAAAUCUUGGACAGGGAUCCCUUGUCUCAACUUUGUGAGAAUGAAAUGGAUCUUAUUUGGACAUUGCGACAAGACUGCAGAGAGAAUUUCCCACAGUCACUGCCAAAAUUAUUGCUGUCAAUCAAGUGGAAUAAACUUGAGGAUGUUGCUCAGGUAAUAAAAGAUCAUUUCUAUAACUCCUUUUGGUUAUAUGAUGAAGAAUUGUCUCAAUAUCUUUUACAACUGGUGCAAGUUUUAAAAUAUGAGCCUUUUCUUGAUUGUGCCCUUUCUAGAUUCCUAUUAGAAAGAGCACUUGCUAAUAGAAGGAUAGGGCAGUUUCUGUUUUGGCAUCUUAGGUCAGAAGUGCACAUUCCUGCUGUCUCGAUACAGUUUGGUGUCAUCCUUGAAGCGUAUUGCCGGGGAAGUGUGGGACACAUGAAAGUGCUUUCCAAGCAGGUUGAAGCACUCAAUAAGUUAAAAACUUUAAAUAGUUUAAUCAAACUGAAUGCUAUGAAGCUAAACAGAGCCAAAGGGAAGGAGGCCAUGCAUACCUGUUUAAAACAGAGUGCUUACCGGGAAGCCCUCUCUGACCUGCAGUCACCUCUGAACCCAUGUGUCAUCCUCUCUGAACUCUAUGUUGAAAAAUGCAAAUACAUGGAUUCCAAAAUGAAGCCUUUGUGGUUGGUAUAUAACAACAAGGUAUUUGGUGAGGAUUCAGUUGGAGUGAUUUUUAAAAAUGGUGAUGAUUUACGACAGGAUAUGUUAACACUCCAAAUGUUGCGCUUGAUGGAUCUACUCUGGAAAGAAGCUGGUCUGGAUCUUCGGAUGCUGCCUUAUGGCUGUUUAGCUACAGGAGAUCGCUCUGGCCUCAUUGAAGUUGUGAGCACCUCUGAAACAAUUGCUGACAUUCAGCUGAACAGUAGCAAUGUGGCUGCUGCAGCAGCCUUCAACAAAGAUGCUCUUCUGAACUGGCUUAAAGAAUAUAAUUCUGGGGAUGACCUGGACCGAGCCAUUGAAGAGUUUACCCUGUCCUGUGCCGGCUACUGUGUAGCUUCUUAUGUCCUUGGGAUUGGUGACAGACAUAGUGAUAACAUCAUGGUCAAAAAAACUGGCCAGCUCUUCCACAUUGACUUUGGACAUAUUCUUGGAAAUUUCAAAUCUAAAUUUGGCAUUAAAAGGGAGCGCGUGCCUUUUAUUCUUACUUAUGAUUUCAUUCAUGUCAUUCAGCAAGGAAAAACAGGAAACACAGAAAAGUUUGGCCGGUUCCGCCAGUGUUGUGAAGAUGCAUACCUGAUUUUACGACGGCAUGGGAAUCUCUUCAUCACUCUCUUUGCACUGAUGUUGACUGCAGGGCUUCCUGAGCUCACAUCAGUCAAGGACAUACAGUAUCUUAAGGACUCUCUUGCCUUAGGGAAGAGUGAAGAAGAAGCCCUUAAACAAUUUAAGCAGAAAUUUGAUGAAGCACUCAGGGAAAGCUGGACUACUAAAGUGAACUGGAUGGCGCACACAGUUCGGAAAGACUAUAGAUCUUAACGAUCAGCCUUUGCUCAUAAUGUAUUUGUUGGUUUCGUUUUGUUUUUAUUUUGUACUUGCACUAAAUCAAACAUGACCUUGCCAGAGAUGUUAUAAAGGGAAUGAGAUCCUGGAACUCAGAUUUAAAUUAAGAUCAAGGCAUCCCACAGAAUCUAAUCUGAAAAAUCCUGAUGACUACCCCCUGCUUUUUGAAUGCUUCCAAGACUCAUCAUGAAAAUUGUCAACGUUAUGGAUAAUCAUUUCCUGCUGACUUUGCACGCCAUGGAAUGCAACUAGGGAUUGUUUUCUGAUUUGUUUGUUUUUCAAUGUUUGGUACUUUCCCAGAAAGGUGUAAAUACUUUUUUUCAGUGUUGUAAGCAAGUAUUAUCACUUGGCCAAUAACUUAUCCACACCUGAGGGCCAGUGGCUGUUCUUGUUUUCCAAAUGAGGGUUAAAAGAAAGGCGUCUUUCUUCCCUUUUAAAUUGUGUAGACUAUAAAUUAUUAUAAUUUGAAUUUAUGACUUUUUUCAAAAGAAAUCUUAUAAACCUGUGGAAACUCAUUAAUUCUUUUGUUAAUAUUUAUCUCCAUAAUAGCAUCAUUCCAACCAGAAUUGCUGAAAAUCUUGAGGCAAAUAUUAUAUAUAUAUAUAUAUAGAUAUGCUGCAUAUAUAUUUAUAAAAUUUCUAGUGGGAGUUCUAUAUAAAAAGAUAUUUCUUUGGGAUUCUUCAGCCUGUGUUUUAAAGUUUUACACAAAGCGGAGCUUUUUUUAAGUUACUUUUCAGUUAGUUAACUGUGUGAUCCAGUUCUUCCAGCUGCUUCUAUAAUGAGGCACAUAUUAAUGCAGUUUUUAUAUGGUAUCUAUGAAAGAAUUCACUUCAUAGAGGAUAAUACUUGAGUAAAUGUAUCCAAGAAAGCAAGCAAAUAAAAAGGAACCUAUUUAUGGAAUAAACUCCAGAUCUAAGAUUCAGUAUUUUAAUAAAAUGCCAACUAUCUUUACUGUAUUUAUUAAAACUUGUAAUAAUGUGAUUUUUCAAGGAUAUUAGUUCAAAUUGAAAUGAUUUCCUGUCACUUGGAAAUCUUUAAUUUAUUUGUUGAGGUACCAUAUAUUUAGGGUGCUAGGCGGCAAGUAAUGUUAAUAUGUGCAAUAGGAACUACUGGUUUGAAUGUGUAGAUGGACGCUCUUUCUGAGUACUGGUAACAUCCAGCAGAACUACUGCUUUUUCUCCAAAGAAACUGGGAGCUCUCAAUCCUUGAUUAUACGAGAAAGAGAAGUGUGUAUUUGCCCUGAGACUGAGUUUUCUAUAGGAAUUUUAUUAAAGAUUGUUUAAUUCUGUCGUCUUUAAAAUGUUCUUGGUCAAAUAAAUGGGUGAGUUGGUUUUGGCUGUUCUUGGAUUG